CAACAUAAUAAUAUACAAAUCAACCAGUAAAUAUAUAUAUAUAUAUAUUUAUAUUUAUAUAAAUAUAUAUAUAUAUUUUGCUACUUUACCACGGGAACGGGACCUACUUAAAAGAAACACACCUACUUGAUUUAAAAUGGAUAUUACUCACGGAAACACGUUGUACUCUAUGGAUGCACCUGAUUUUUCAAUCAUGGUUGCUGCCCAUGAAACCAAAAAGGAAAGUGAGAAGGACAAAGAAGACACUAUGCCCAGACCUGGCCGCAGAAGAGUCUAUAGUAUGGAGCCACGGACACCUCUUAAAAGACAGAGAAUACCUGUUCAACGAUUUCAGUCACCUGUACUCGAAGAAGGUGCACCAAAACCUAAAAUUCCCACUGAGGAAAAAAUUUUAUUGUUCAAAAAGGGAUCCUUUCUGGCAGUUAGAAAUUCUGAAGGUACCUUUUAUGUCUGCAAGGCUCAGCAAAUUGUCUACCGCUCAUCAAAACGUUUCCGGAUUCAAUGGCUUAAUGUGGACCAGCCUCCAGAUGUUUAUAAAUUGGACUACUUGGAUACCACUGAAAUCGAGUGUGUGUUGUGCGAUGUCAAGAUGGACAGGGUAGAGAAAGACACCUAUCGCCUACCCUCGUCCCAAAAAAGACGUGCCGAACAAGCUUUAAAGAAGGUCCUUAACUUGGAAAGAGGAUUGCCGCUCAAUGAAGGAAUUGAAGAUGAAGAACCAAUCAAUAAGAAAAAGAAGGUUGUUGAAAGCUCCCCUAAACCAGUGAAACCUCAGUCAUCUUCGAAGGAAGCAAAAGUAUCGCAGAAAGGGAAAGCCAAAGGAGAAAAACCUGGCAAGCGGAAAGGUGGUGGCAAACGAAAAGACGAACAAAAACUCAAGCCCAACCCCAACAUUGAAGUCCUCGAGAAAGAACCAUUUUUUGAAACUAACGAACCUGUGCCUUUCAUCUCUCCCCAUGUAAAUGGAAAAUUAGCCAUCCGUGCUGUUUUAUUGAAUGACAUGACUCUGCUCAAAUCUCUCAAGUAUGGUCUUGAUUAUGUGAGGUCACCAAAAAAUGAAUUGACAGCUUUACAUUAUGCUAUUCAACGUCAGUACCGAGGGUUUGUAGGGUACCUCGCUGAAGACUAUUUUGGUACAACCCGCAAAUCCAUCACAAACAAACCACCUGUGUUGAUCGACUCGAUGGGCACUGGAUGGUACAAUCCUGUUUUUCUUGGAAUUCAUAAUAUUCGUUCUAUCACCCUUGGCAGAGGAAACCGCGAAGGAAACAAUGCUCUCACUAAGGAUGUCGAUAAUGACGCUGAAUGUUCUCCUGAAAAAUACUUUGAAUAUGCUGUGUCAGUUGGAGCCAGUAAAGAAAUUCUGGAAAUUUUGUUUGAUACUAAUCAGAAUGAAACUAGAGAUGAGCAGAUUGCAACAGUUUAUCAAUUCAUUCAUCAAGCCAUCAUUAAAGGUCACCGUAAGUUAUCUGGUAAAUUGAUCGAGGAAGCAGAGAAAGCUGGUGGUCAUGGCUACAAUUAUCUUCAUAAAGAGGUGUUGCUUUUUGAGAAAGAAGACCUGAGAACGAACAUUUUACCUGCUUCAGUUACAAAGAAGCCAUUUUAUUCCAAAAUCACUCCAAUCCAUUGUGCUGCUAUAAACCCCAAUGUAAAAUAUUUGCAAACUCUAUUGAAUGUUCAACCAGAAGUAAAUGUUGUUGACAAGUGGCAACGUCGGCCAGUACAUUAUGCAGCUGCUUGCACAUCCACUGCUACACUUGAAUACCUGUUGGAGAAGGGUGCCAAUCCUUUGGAAUUGGACAGUUCUGGUAUGUGUGCCAUUCAUUAUGCUGCUCAGGCUGGACGUGCCCAUAAUGUUGAAGUGCUGCUGAAAAAAGCAAAGAGCAAUAUUGACCUCGACACAUUUUCACAUAAAUAUGGACCUGGUGCAUUGAAUCGACCCAACCGAUUUGGACAGUGUCCUUUCCAUUUUGCCAUCAUGGAGGGCUAUACAGAAGUUGUGAAAGUGAUGUUGAAAUACCAAGUUGAAGUGAACAAACCCAUGAGUGCAUCGAAGGACAAAAUGAGUCCUUUGAUGAUUGCUGCUUGCAAAGGACAUUUGGAUAUAGCAAAGCUUUUGGUAGCGAACAAAGCUGAUGUGGAACAAAAAGACAAAAUGCGACGUACUGCAUUGAUUCAUGCAGUGAUGAAUGGUAAUACUCAUGUGGUAUCGUACCUUCUCUCUCUGGGUUCUGACCCUAACCACACUGACUCAUCUGGCAACUCUGUCGUACACUAUGCUGCUGCUUAUGGAUGGGUUUUCUGUUUAAAACUGCUUGUUGAUUCUGGUGGUGCUAAUCCAAAUUUACCCAAUGACUGGAAGGUGACACCCGUUUGUAUUGCAUUUUUGAAAGGCCACUAUGGUUUGGUUGACUAUCUUUUAAGUCAGCCUGGUUCAGACAUCAACUUCAAAGAUGAACGAGGGAGAACAUUAGUGAGCUUAGCAGCAGAAAGCAAACUUGUUCCAGAAAUUAUUAAAGAAAUGAAGUACUUGGUCGAAAAGAAAGCUGACUGUAGCUUAGCGGAUUUGGAAGGUUAUAAUCCGCUUCAUCAUCUUGCAAUUAACAGCAGCGCCAGAUCAGGACAGGAUGCUAAAGAAUGCAUGGCCGUUAGUGUUGAAGUUGCUGAGUAUCUCAUCGACAACAACUGUGAUCCAGCAGCACGCUCAGUUGACGGCAUUACACCUCUCAUGCUUGCUAUAGAAAAGAACAACAUUCUCCUGGCAAAGAAAUUACUUCAAAAGAAAGGCAAAAUCACUUUAGACAAAAAUAAGUUUGGUAAGAAUAUUCUACACAUGAUGGCAGAAUUGUGCAGUCAAUCUGAUAUGAUAUCACUGCUGAAAGAGGUUAUUGAGCUGAACAAGACAUCAGGAGAAACAGACAUGGAGGUUGACGGUACAAAUGUUUCGUCUGAUAGUACUCUCAAGCAGCUUGCAAAAAUGGUGGAUCAUGAUGGAUAUACUCCGUUGUUGAAAGCAUGUCAAGUAUACAAGAACCUGCAGGCAUCUACAUACAAAAAACAACCUGACAAUGAACUUGAAGUAAGGCAAGCUAAUGUUCGGAACUUCAUUUCUCUUCUGAUCGAUGAAGCUAACCCUGACAUCAACGCAUCCGUUGAUAAAAAAUACAUCCAAGAUCCAACUAAAGAAAGAACUUAUGGAAAGGAAGGUAAAUGGUGUGCCGUUCACUUUAUGGUUGCUGCUGUUACUGAGAAAUCUAUUCCAUCUCCUGAUGGUAUGGUAAACCAUUGUCCUGGCUUGAAACUCAUCCUGAGCAAGAAACCACAACUUGAUAUGCCAGACCAAUAUGGCUGUGUCCCAUUGAUCCAAGCCAUUCAAUUAGGUCGUGUUGAAGCUGUCAAAAUGCUGCUUUUGGCCAAUGCAAAUCCUAAUUGUUCAUAUGUGAAAAAGGACUCGAACCAAAGAGUGACACCUUUGGUCUUAAUUGCUCAAAACGGUAAACCUGACUUACUGCGCAUGCUUGUAUCGGCACAUGUCAUGAUAGACGACAGGAAUAACCCCAGACAGCAAACUGCUUUGCACUUAGCUGUACAAAACCCAAUUCGUGAUGCCGAUACUUUGAGGAGAGUACAUAUUCUGAAAGAAGCUGGUGCCAAGGUGAAUGCCGUUGAUUGCGAUGGCUUGACACCCCUACAUUGCUCUGUGAAAAACAACUUGGGCCAGCUAGACUCUAACAUUGACCUUGAAGAAUUGCUGAUUAAAAAUAAUGCUGAUGUUUUUGCUAAAGACAAAAAGAAUCGUUUGUCCUUGCAUUAUGCUUUUGGAGAUAUUGAAAAACCAGUGUACACCACAGCAGAACCAAUUGAACUUGUCCAGUUGUUGACUUCAGCUAUGAGAUAUUCUCAAAUUGAUCUUACUGAUUUUUUUGGCCAGACACCACUCCAUCGUGCCGCAUGCCGAGGAGCAACCAUUUGUUGUCGACAUUUAGUCAAGUUACAUGCUGAUAUUAAUCGGAAGGACAAUUCUGGAAACACACCGCUUGCUUACGCAGUCCGUCAUCAUCAUGACAGUUGUGCACUCAUCCUCUUGCAAAUGGGAGCAAAUGUCAAAGACAAUGUGAUAAUUCCACCUGUUCCCAAGAAUAUGAUUUAUGAAGCCGACAAGAAACGUAAGCCGAUUUGGAAGUGGCAACCCAUCAGAAACAUGGCCAAGAGGCCCCAGAAACAUGAACACUCUAUUUUCCAGGAAGCCAUUGGGUCAGAACUUCAAAAUGUUGCAUACAUGAUGUUAGAAUCAACUGCAAUGGACCUGAAGAGUGGUAUUGAGGCUGCUCUAAAUGUUAGCAAGUACAACGUUGCCCUCCGUCUCAUCAAAAAAGUACAUGAUAUUUCCAAAUUGCAAAGCAGUAAUUCUGAUGGCCGAAAUUUGUUCCAUAUUUUGGCUCUUCGCACCAUUCCUGGUCAGCAGACCCAACUGCAGCUUAAGAUUGCCGAAAUGAUGCAUGAGAAAAGGGUUUCCUUAAAUGACAUUGAUAUGUAUGGAUGCACUCCUCUCAUGUAUGCUGCUUUGCUGCACCAGCCAUUCCAACUAGGACAGUUCAUGUCAAGCAAAAAUUCUCAACUUGAUAUCAAACACAAAGACCGAUACGGACGUGAUGUCAUGGCAGCUUUCUUUUGGAACUACGAUAAAGUCAGUGACAUCAAUAAUGAAGCGAGGGAAUGGUUAACAAUGUUGAUGAAGCUUGGCGCUUCGCUUGAUAUUUUGUUUGACCUACCUCCACCUCACCAUCUUCUGUUUGGAGAACAAAUCAAUUUUGAAAGGACCAACUAUUUCAGCCGCUGUGAUGGCCCACUCAUCACACCUCUCAUUUUUGCCAUUUGCUCCUACAAUAACAAUCUAGUUAGGUAUCUCUUGAAAAACGGAGCUUCUCCAAACUUUGCUGAUGAAAAAGGUUUGACACCAAUAAUGCAUGCAGUUAAAAAGAAUGACAUCAAUAUAGUGAAGUUGCUGCUGAACUAUGACUACCAUCCAGAACAGAACAAAGACGUGAACAAAGCCGAUCAACACUUGACCAAGAAGACAUCUCGACAGGUAUUUAACCUCAAGAUGAUCGAUCUGGAGAACAAAGCACCACAGACCAAUGGCAACAACUUUGCCGAUGAUGAUGCCAAUGACGGAAGGGCCUCAGCCGGUGCUGAUGGCUCUGAUUCUGCUGACAAAGAAGCCGACAUAGAAAACGGAGAUGGGCACAGUAGUGACGAGGAAGGGGACGAUGAGGAGCAGGAUGCUGACGCAGCGGACGCUGCCACAGAGAGCAGCGGGAGAGGCAGCGACGAGGAGAAAGAUGAUGAGGACGAGGACGACGGUGGUGAUGAUGAGGACGGGGACGAGGAUGAGAAUGCCGACGACAACAAUGAUGAUUAUGAUGACGGACAUGACACAGAUGAACUAGAAGAUGAAGAAGUUGAUUUUGCGCCCCAAGACAAGAAACCGGUUCUCCCAAGAUUGAAUUCCAAAGCUUCAUCACAACUGAAAUUGGGGAGCCAAUCAUUAAGCCUCAGAUUUGACAAUAUCCCUACGGUUGAGAAGACCAGUAGUGUGAAUUUGAACUACACUGACAAUGAUGGACGGACCGUCCUACAUCAUCUUGUAUGCCCUCUUGAGUAUGGUACCUAUGAUAAUGAUGAAAUCCUGUAUGUGCUCUUCAAAGCUGGUGCACCCCUAGAAUAUGAAGAUACUGCUGGCUUAUCUCCCUUGAAGCAUACUUUGAUGAAUGGAGCACCUAGACUAGCUCGUAUGCUGCAGAAACUUACAAAUGUUGAGCGAGAUAAAUGGGAGAAACCAACUUUUACAUGCUUAGGUGAAACUGAUACGUUAAUCAGCUCAUUGCCAACUGUAAACUUUGAAGAAGAUAGUCAAUCUAUGGUGGUUCUGCUGAAUCAAAAUGCUGCUACAUGCAAUGAUAGAGAUAACAAACCUGUACCUGACGCUAAUUGCAAUAUUAAAGCAAGUGGUGAAAUCGUGUAUGAUACAAACCAAAAUUUACCUUACGAUAUUCUACUAACCAAAGUAGAUGUCUGCUGUGGUGUAUGGGGAAUGUAUAAUUUUUAUAAAAUGCAGAUUGUACGACAAAAAGACAAGGACAUAUAUAUUUUGUUCACACGUUGGGGUCGUAUUGGAGACAGAGGUCAAUUCCAGCACACACCUUUUGCUGUAAUUGAGGAUGCUGUUAAAGAAUUUUGCAAAGUCUUUAAAUCGAAAACAGGCAAUGACUGGAACAAAGUCAAAGCAUUCAAGAAUCACCCCAAAAAAUAUCGCCUCGUAGAAACCGAAGAACGCCAAAAAUGUAUGAAGAAAACCAAGAUAAAUUUUGAUCUCAAUUCUGAAUUACCCUCAAAGCUUCCUCCACGGUUACAAGAACUCAUUAAAGAGUUGAGCAAUGUAAAGAUGCUGUCUACAGCAUAUGGCCUGUGUGGAGUGGAUGCUGAGAUCAUGCCAUUCGGACAAAUUAAAAAACCUGCUUUAAUUGAAGGCUUGGACAUUUUACAUAAACUCAAGGAGCUUAUUGAAAUGAUCGAUAAAUCAAAACCCUCUACUGGACCAAACGAAGAAUACCAAAAGAACUGUGAAAAAAUAGCUAAAUUAAGCAAUGAAUAUUUCCACUUAAUACCUCUAAAAGGAUAUGAAUUUGAAAAAAUCCGGCCGAUUUAUACUAAGAGUUCUCUGAAAAGUCAAAUGAAAAUGGUUGAAAAUCUCUUAGACUACGAAUUGGCAAGUCGUAUACUACUAGGCGCGCAGCAACGGUUAAAAGAAAUAAAUCCACUGGAUUACAUUUACAAGGCAGUUGGUUGUCACAUCAAACUCAUGACUGAAACUGAAGCUGAAACUCAAUACAUUUUAAAAUAUAUUUAUAGUACUGACAAAUCUGUGAAAGUUCAUGCUAUAUAUCGUCUCUCACGAGCUGGAGAGGAAGAUCGAGUCCAGGAAUUAAAUUUAGAAAACCGUAUGUUGCUGUGGCAUGGCAGUGGAGUUCCUAACUUUAUCAGUAUCUUGAGCCGAGGAUUACUCAUCUGCCCACCAGAAGCCCCUAUCACUGGACAUUUGUUUGGAGAAGGUAUUUACACAGCUGACACAUUUACCAAAGCCAAAGGCUAUUGCUCUGAGAAUGUAGGAGAGUCGAAUUCCAUGUUUGCACUGCUUUGCGAAGUAGCACUUGGUAAGAUGAAGACCAACAAUACGAAAGGUGAAAGCUCCGAUACUGACUAUAACAGUGUUGUUGGAGUUGGCAUGUCAGUACCUGACAGUGCAUUUGAUGUCACCCUUCCAUAUGGUGCUACCUUACCUCUUGGACCACUGAUUAACAACCCAACAGCUAAGUCGAGGUAUGUGGCAUACAAUGAAUACAUUGUGUACGACCCAGCACAGGUGUGUCAAAGGUAUCUGGUGCAAUUCUCCAGUUAAACGAGACUUGCAAGGUGCUUUGGAAAUUGUCUUAGAAUUCAUUUUCUUAUCAUCAUUAUAUAUUAAUAUUAUUAUUAAUAUUAUUAUUAUUAUUACUAUCAUCGUCAUUAUUUUUAUUAUUAUUAUUUUUAUUAUUAUUAUUAUUAU